AAUCAAUCUUUUCUUUAAUAUUUAAUUCACUGUAUUAGUUUCAAUAAAACAAAUAUUUUGUUUGUUUUGUUUUAAAAAACAUAAUAUUAAAAAACACUUUUUUGGUGUCUGGAAUAAUUUAAAAUGGCCCUUCACUUCAAAGAACAAGAUAUCGACGAGUUUCGUGAGUGUUUCUAUUUGUUUGUGCAUUCAAGGCAAAUAACAAACUUGGAUGAACUUACACUUAUAAUGCGAUCGUUAGGAUUUUCUCCAACUGUAAAGGAACUAGCAUCCUAUUUGAACAUUUAUAAUGGAAACAUGAGCUUCGCUGACUUUUUAGAAACAAUACAUAAUCAUUCAAAAGUUGAAAAUCUUCCCGAUGAAGUUGUUGCGGCUUUUAAAUCCAUGGAUACAGAAAACAAAGGCACUAUUUCUACUAAACAAUUGACUGCCUUAAUGCAUAGCUGGGGAGAAGGCCUAACAACUCGUGAGAUCGACAACAUAUUGCGAGAGGCUCAUGUCAAAAAUAAUGGUUUAAUCAACUACGCUGAUUUUGUAAAAAUCGCUUCAGCACCCGUUCCAGAUUAUUACUAAAUGAUUUUUUUUAUUUUUUUUUUUGAAAAAUUAAUAAAUUUAUAAUAAUACAUUCAUAUUUUGUAACAGAUUUUUACUGACUUAAAAUAAAAUAUUUAAAGAGGA